UUUCAGACCAAUACAUUGCCAAUGCGGUUUUCUUGAAUCCUCCUAUUCGAAAGUAUUUUGUGUACAAACUCCCUUUCUAAACAUGCCGAAACAGAAAAGGAAGGAUGAUUCGGACUCUGAGGAUGUGUUGACCACCAUAAAGAAGAAAAAAGCCGGUCAAAACGGCUCGCAUUCGGUUGAGGAAGAGGCGGUGGGAGACAAUGAAAACCAGCCCGUGUUUUGCACUGGCCAGCCUGCUUCUACUCCCUUCACUGAUGUCAGUGAUGAGGAGGAGGUGGUGAAGGACAAUAACAUCGUCAACAAAUGUAAUGACUUUAGUGGUGAGGUCUUGGUCUGCGGUGGCAUGAACUGGGAUUUAGUUGGACGUCACAAAGUACCAAAAAAUGUGAAAAAUGGUGGUGGUCCAAACUUAUGGCAGCCUCAUCGGAUUGGGUCGUUUCAGGGUAUCAAAGUGUCGAACGUCGUAUCAGGGUGUGGUGCCUGCCAUAGUGUGGUCAUCACAGAAGAUGGAAAGGCUUACUCAUUUGGACGCAAUGACAAAGGACAGUUGGGUCAGGGAGACAUGGGGCGAAGACGUGAUGCACCAACGCUCCUCGAAUCAUUGAACAACAUCCGAAUCGUAGAUGGAGCAUGUGGGAAAAAUCAUACACUUCUGCUCUCAGACACAGGCAGGGUUUUUUCAUUUGGAGACAACAAAAUGGGUCAGCUUGGCCUCGGACAUCAGACAGCGACAGUGCCAAGCCCGACAGAGGUACACAUUGGUGAGAAGUAUCCAGAUAGAGGUCCAAUCAAGAAGGUGGCCUGUGGUGGCGAGUUCACCAUGAUGAUCACUGCAAAGGGGACGCUAUAUUCCUUUGGUCUGCCGGAGUAUGGACAGCUAGGCCACAACACGGAUGGAAAGUAUUUCGUGACGAGUAACAAGCUCUCGUAUAACUGUGAGAUGACGCCACGACCAGUCAAGUGCUUCUUCGAGGUGAAAGAGAGUCGUUAUAUCAACAUGCCAGAUGUAUCCAUCACAGAUGUGGCAUGUGGCACCAACCAUACAAUAGCAAUAGACCACAAGAAGCGAGUGUUUAGCUGGGGAUUUGGCGGUUAUGGCCGCUUGGGACAUAGCGAGCAAAAGGAUGAGAUGGUACCUCGACUGAUCAAGUUAUUCGAUGGUGGUUAUGCGAGGGGUGCUGUGAUGUGCUCGGCUGGCAGCACGUUCAGUUUGGUUGUCUCUGACCCAGGUCGCAUCCUCUACCUGUUUGGCCAGAACAAACCAACUGGAGAGGCAGCAAUGUAUCCCAAGGUGGUCACAGAUGUAGGCGGCUGGAAUAUCAGAAGUAUUGGAUGCUGCAAUAAGAGUAUAGUUGUAGUGGCUGAUUCGAGCGUCAUAUCAUGGGGACCUAGUCCUACCUACGGAGAACUGGGUUACGGCGAGCAUAAACCCAAGUCCUCCACCAGGGCGGAGGUGAUGAAAUCCAUGGAGGGUAUGCACAUCCACAAGGUGGCGUGUGGCUACGGUCAUUGUAUCCUCAUCGCCAAGUGCGACACAGACGAGGAGAAAGCCGACGUUGACAAACAGAAAGUCUUCACGCCAAACCCAGUAACGGAGGCUACAGCAUAAUAAGGAUGCCUCUUCCUCACUGUACCCCAGGUCUUCAUAAUCAGACAAUCUACACCUCAACGACCAAACAUUGGCAUCAGUUGCCUAUUCAGGGAAAUGCUCAUACUAUCUCACUGCAGCAAAGACGCAAGUUCCAGCAAACCUUCGAUGUCUUGCACCUUCAAGCAUGAGCGGUCAGGUCUAUCUUGUAUUGUAUGUCUAUAAUGUUGACAUUUUGAUACAGAAUGCAUUUGUGCCGUGAUUUUCUGGCCAUUUAAUGUGAAUUAGUGGUUUGACCUCCUUUUCUAGAAAAUCAUUGGCAGAUUCUCUACAUUCAGUCGUAAUAUUUGAGUGGAUUAUCCACAGGUGACGUCACUAUCAUGUUGAUACAUUGUGCUCAAUAACUUCUUUUUUUGUGAAAAUCAAUUCCAAUUAUGCAUUUGUCAUGUUUGUAGUUUGUUUUUUUCUCGUCAGUUCUGGAUGGGAGGGAGUUAUCGGUUGGUAUUUAUUUCACCAACUGAUAAGUUGUUUGAUUAAUUUUUGGUCAUCAGUUUGUUUGACUGUUUUAACCAUGACCAGCACUGACUACUUACUUCCUUUAAUCGAAUUUCUUAUUGUUUGCACUCCGUUACUGAUUUGCUGUGUCAAAUUCUUCUGCCAAAUUCCUCAGCGAUUGGUCGAAAUGAAAAGCACAGCCCUUCCUGUUGUCUUUGAGUUGGUUAUUUUGGGGGGUCACUGCAUAUUUGGGUUUGAUAAACAUUUCAGAUUUUGUGCCACUGUUUAAGGGUAAGAUAAAAAACCUUGAAAAUUCCUAUGCAAUUCUUUUGUGUUGAGAUCUCUCUGAAAACCAAAUAAACGGGUCCAAAUUGUUUCCCUUUGCUUUGUAAAUAUCGUAUAAUUGUAGAUUUUUAGAAUUGUCAAUCUUGUAUCAGUGGUUUAGCUUCAGGACUGAGGCAAUCAAUAACGCUUUGAAGAUAGUAGUUGCACAUCCAAUUGCCACUUGGAGGAUGGGUCAUUCCACAUCUGUAUUUUGCGCCGUUGUUUGAAAUGGGAUGUCUCCUCGCGAAUUCCGGUUGUCAUGUGGCAGGGUUUGAUCAAUAGGAUGUCUCCAGCCAAACAAUUGACAUCUUCCUUCAUAAGGCAAGCGGCAAUAUCAGGCACUGCGCUUGAACCCCCGCAUUAGCACAACAAGUAGAAUCUCCUUCAAUGAAUACAGUAGUAGCUUUGGGACUUGAUACCAACGUGACUGGGAGCACACAUUCACCAACCUGGUCAGAUCAUCGCUUUAGUGUCUCCACAAUGUUUUUGAAGAAGUUUUAUUCUUUCAUAAUUGGCAUUUUUAUCAGUCCUGAAAAUUUGACUAAUGUUUGUAAUUAAAUGCUCGGUGUUGUCUUGUGUGUUUCUUUGUCGCUUAUUAAUCACUUGUACAAUUAUGUCCUGCUCGGAACAUGCAGCCUGUCUUCAGCAUCCAGCAGUCUAGAGUCACUAUUUUGGGAAUACUUCAUGAAAUCAUGGGCAUCGCCAGACUUUCCAAAUGGGGCUGUUUUCCUAAACCACAAAAGGGUGAUUCAGUGUCAGUUCGAAAAUGUACUUCAGCUCAGGGAAUUUUCUCGCUUCAAUUUCAACAGUUUUUUCCCCAAAUGUUGGUAGGUCACAUCCCCCUGGAGAUUCCUAUGAUAGAAUGCAUAUUUUCCCCAGAAUGAACCGGUCACAAAUGACACCAUCUGAGAGUGCUGAUUGAGGGCUGUCCAACAAAUGGUCAUGUCAAAAAGCCAUGGGGAGACCUUCCUUGCUGGUAAAGAGGCGUGGUGGACACCUUACUUGGUGAGUCGCCACUGAAUAUUCUCAGCUUGGCAAAAAGCAAACAUGUUGUUUGGCAGUUGUUUAUCAUUUGGGGUUUAUUUCUAUGUGUUUGACGUGGCUGGGUGAUGGAUUGGAGGCUGCCUCUCCUAUUUAGAUCUAUAUGCACCAACACACUUCACUUGACUAGUUCAUCUUUUAGUAGCAUUAUUAUUUGUUUAGUUAGUCUUUUGCUCCUUCUGUUUGAUUUUCAAUGUUCUUUCAAAAGCAUUUCAUUUUUGAGCUAAAAUCAGAAGAAAACUUGUCAUGUGCUGAAAAAUAAUGUCAAUUGAUAAAGCUCACUUGCCACUUUUGAAUCAAUGUCUGUAUAUAAUUGAACCUUUAGUUUAUUUUAUACAUUCCAACAUUGCAAUAAGAAAGGGUUUACUUGGGAGCAAGGUGUUUUGAAACAGGACUCAAGGGUCUUAUGAUAACAAAAGCGAUUCCAGGUUACUGGUAAACAAUCUGAAAAUGGAACUUGUCUGGUGUUGGUCUAAAUUACGAAACGCACAAACAGGUAAAUGUCGUAUUCCAAACCAUUUCCUAUUUGACUCCAAACAAGACACCAUGAAAUGUAUUUCAGAACCAGUUUGGCUGUGAAUCUUUUAAUUAUUCUUUUGUUUUUGACUUCACAUGUAUUGAGCUGAAUAUGAACUUGGACCUUCCUUGCAAAGACCCAAGUCUGGGCCAUGACCCCUGAUAUAAUGAUGACAAUGAUAAUAAAAUAUAAACUUAUUGAAUUUGAAAAAUCAAAUGUUCAUUGAUGUAUCAUGUCUUUCUCUUGCACUGCCACACUCCUCUCGUUCGAUCUGCUCCAAUCUCCUUGUCAAACAUCGCAGACACUGUGUCGUACGAGGUGCUAUUCAAUGAUUCCUGGCCAGAUGGCACUGUGAGAAUCACAGAGCUCAUCUGAUGUUGGGAUUGAUUUGUAGUUCUGUACCAGGUGUCAGUAAUCAACAAAUUAAACCUCAUUUAGAGUCUGCAUCAAAAGAGACUGAAGUCUGGAGCAGCAGACUUGGUGAAAGGAGUGUACCUUGUCUUGUAAAUAGGUCAACUUAUAAACAUUCAUACGUAACAUGAUUUUCUUAGUAUAAUGGUAUAAAUGAGAUAAUAGAAUGAAUACAUUUUGUAGUUGAACAUCUUCUAAACGGUAAAUUAAGCUGGACGGACUAGGCGACAAUAAAGUUAUCAACCUUC